AUGAUAGAGAAAACAAAACAGAAUAAUACACCAUAUAUAUAUUAUCAUCAUCAGCAGCAGCAACACCAGCAACAGCGUCAAUCCAUGAGUAUUACACCAGAUUCUAUUUAUAAUUCACCUAAUAAUAUAUUACCAAUAAUUAAAACAAUGUACUUUUGUAAUAAUAAUAAUAAUAAUAAUAACCAUAUCAAUAAUCCAUCCAAUGAAUUACAUUUAACAGUACAAUCAAAUAUUCAUCGAAGUUUAGAAGCAUUAUUAAAUGAAUUCACUAAUCCAUUAUUAUCAUCAUCAUAUAAUAAUAGUAAUAAUACCCAAAUGUUAUAUACAUAUCAAACAAUGAAUAAAGUUAAAUCAAUGAAUGAUUUACAACAGAAUAAUUCUUAUGAUAAUACAUUGAGAAAAUCUAAAGUAAACAAUAAGUUGGAUAGAAGUGUUGGCAACAAGCCACCACUUCUAUUAUCAUCAUCAUCAUCAUCAUUAACAUCAUCAUCAUUAUCAUCAUCAAAGUUAUAUCAUUCAUCAUUACAUUGUUCAAAGAUAGAAUUGAAUAAUAAUAAUAAUAAUAGUACAUUGAAUAAAUCAACAAAUUGUAUUAUAUUACCAACAAUUGAUACAUUGAUUAUAGAUUCAAAUAAUCAUAAUCAUAAUCAUAAUAAUAAAAGGGAACAAUUCAAACAAGUGAAACGUAUUUAUGUACAUUUAAAUAAACAAUUUAAUAUUAUUAAACCAGUAUUAAUUAAAAGUAAAUAUAUUAAAACAUUUGAUAAUAUAUUACAAGAAUUAAGUGAAUUAUUUCAAUUACCUAUACAUAAAUUAUAUACAUUAAAUGGUAAAUUAGUAAGUGAAUUUUUAUAA